AAGCGCAGCUGUUGUGUUCACUCCUCGAUGACGCAGAAGUAAAAGCGACACAGAACCGCGUGGAGCGAGAAAGGUUUCAGAUCGGAAUCAUUCUUAAAAGUCAUUCAUAUUUGGCCUUAACAAGCAUAAGAGACUUCAAUCAUAACUAUAAUGUCUCGGUACAUGAGACCGCCGAACAGCUCUCUGUUCGUCCGCAAUAUUUCCGACGAGUCCCGGCCAGAGGACCUGCGGCGAGAGUUCGGCCGAUACGGACCCGUCGCUGACGUCUACAUCCCCCUAGACUUCUACUCUCGCCGGCCCAGAGGAUUCGCGUACAUUCAGUUCGAGGAUGUCCGGGACGCGGAGGACGCUCUGCUCAAUCUGGACCGGAAGUGGGUCUGUGGACGGCAGAUCGAGAUCCAGUUCGCUCAGGGAGACCGCAAGAGUGAGUGCUGACCCGGUCUGAGAGGAGACUGUGUGUUUGGGAGCGAUUGUGUCUAGGGCUGCAAUGAUAUAUCGAUGCAGAAUCGAUAAGUGGAUCGAUCU